AUGGCAUAUCUCGCCCCCAUCCACCAAGCUUCCAGCGUCCGUCAUGCCAUCAAGUUGUGCUUCCUCUCGCCAGAUGCCGAAGAUUUGAUCGUUGCCAAAGCCAAUAGAAUCGAGAUCUGGAGUCCGGCUUCCAACGAUGACCCUACGUUACUGCUUAAACACAGCAAAGCACUCUAUGGCAAGGCGACGCUACUACACAAAAUCCGUCCGGCAACAUCACCCACAGAUCACUUGUUUAUCGGCACAGAUCGUUACCACUACUUCACUCUCAGCUGGGACCCCGACACAAAGUCGCUCAAGACCGAGAAGAGCUUUGUCGACAUAGCCGAAAAGACGGCGAGAGACAGUCAGACGGGCGAUCGAGUGCACAUAGACCCAACAUGUCGUUUCAUGGCAUUGGAGUGCUACGAAGGCGUCGUCAACGUCCUUCCCAUUGCACAUGCAGGGAAAGGCAAGAGGAAGGCUGCAGAUAGUGAGAUUGGCGAGCUCGCGGACCCUAUUCCCGUGCGGAUACCAGAGCUUUUCGUCAGGAGUAGUUGCUUCGUACACAAGCGACAGGCAGGCACAAAGCAGGUAAACCCGGAGUUCGCAGUACUCCAUGAGGACAGCCAGAACAAACCUCGGAUCAAAUUCCGGGAGCUGGAAUAUGGACGAAGUUUGCGCCCGGCCGAGGAACCUUCGACUGCAGAGCUGGAGAAGGUUCGAGAGGUCGAGGAUUCAAUAGAACUGGGAGCCUCGUUCCUAAUACCUUUACCACCGCCCAUUUACGGUCUGCUGGUAGUGGGAGAUACAUCUGUGAGCUAUGUUGACGAGUGGGGGCCUCGAAUCACAAACACUGAGCCAUUGGACGAAGCAACAGUAUUUGUGGCGUGGUGUCAAGUCGACGAUCAACGUUACGCUCUUGCAGAUGAGUAUGGGAAGCUGUACUUGUUAAUGAUUCAGACGAAAGCAAAUGGCGAGUACGACGGUCAUCAGAUCGAUCAACUUGGCGUGACGAGUCGAGCCAGCACACUGGUGUAUUUGGACGAAGGUCGGAUCUUCGUGGGUAGCCAUGCAGGCGACAGCCAAGUCGUGCAGAUAUCCGAGAAGAACGUCGAGGUACUGCAAACGUUCUCCAACGUAGCACCGAUCUUGGACUUCACGGUAAUGGACAUGGGCAACCGAAGUUCCGACGCGCCCGUGAAUGAAUUCUCCUCCGGACAGGCAAGAAUCGUAACAGGAUCCGGCGCUUUUCAAGAUGGCAGUUUGAGAUCUAUUCGCUCCGGGGUUGGUUUAGAAGACAAAGCCGACUUGGGAAGCUUGGGUGCUCCGGUGUCUGCAGUAUUUGCUUUGAGGAGCAGCCCGGCUGUGGAAGUGGUCGACACGCUGAUCGUCAGCUUCGUGUCACAUACACGCAUCUUUGUUUUCACGCCAGAGGGUGAUGCGGAGGAGACGGAUCAAUACCGAGGAUUCGACCUUACUGAUGCUACGCUACAUGCAGGCAACACCUCGGACGGUGGAGCAGUUCAGGUUACCGCCAGCGCCGUGUUGCUCGCAGAUUCUGAAGGCAGCAUGGUCACAGGUCAAUGGCAACCAGCUGGCGGCACUUCAAUAACAGCUGUCUCGUCAAGUGCGGAUAAGAUCCUCCUCUCUUUACAGGGAGCUUCUCUGGUGGUCUUGGACGUAUCCGGCUCGGCAGUAAGACUACACUCACAGCGAGAUUUUGGAAGUGACGAACAGGUUUCCUGUAUCGCACUCUCCGAAGCCUUGCCAGACGCGUGUGUCGUAGGUUUCUGGAAGGACAGCAAAGUGUCGGUCCUCGACUUGCAGACGCUACAACCAACAGCGACCGAGCAGGUUGCGCAGGAAGACAUUCUUGCAGUUCCAAGAUCGCUUACUGUUGCGAGAAUUCUGCAAGAUCACCCGCCAACAUUGUUUGUCGGACUGGCUGACGGCAAUGUGGUGACAUACGGCAUCGAGUCUCUUCAACAACCCUUCACCGCGCGGAAAAGCAUCAUUCUGGGCACACAGCAGGCCAACUUCGCUAUUCUUCCCCGCGGGGAUGGAAGUCUGCAGAACGUCUUCGCCACCUGCGAACACCCAUCACUGAUAUAUGGCGCUGAAGGUAGGGUGGUAUAUAGCGCAGUGACAGCCGAGAAGGCCACCUGCAUUACUGCAUUCGACUCCUUUGAGCCGUACAACAAUGCCAUCGCAAUCGCGUCUGGCGAUGAGCUAAAGAUCGCAAUUGUGGACGAGGAACGUACCACACAUGUUCAAAAUCUCUUCCUGCACCAGACUGUACGACGUAUUGCAUACUCUGCUGAUCUCAAAGCUUUUGGCCUCGGCUGCAUCAAGCGAGAGCUACGAGCUGGCCAAGAAGAAGUCUCGAGCUUCUUCAAGCUUGUUGAUGAGAUUGCUUUCAAGGAGCUGGACACUUAUGAUCUGAACGAGGAUGAGCUGAUCGAGACUGUCAUUCGGUGUAAGCUUGAUGACGGAACUGGGGACGAGGCGGAGCGCUUCGUGCUUGGGACUGCUUUCUUGGAUGACCAAGACGCAGAUAGCGCGAGGGGGAGAAUCAUGGUGCUUGAGGUGACGGAAGAUCGAAGACUGAAGCUCGUCACCGAGAUUGCAGUCAAGGGAGCCUGUAGAUGUCUGGCCGGUUGCAAUGGCCGGAUCGUGGCCGCUUUGGUCAAGACCGUUGUUGUAUAUGCUUUCGAGUACGAGACUCCGUCGACGCCUAUGAUGGUGAAGAAAGCAGCAUAUCGCACCGCCACAGCACCCAUCGACGUCUGCGUAACAGACAACAUCAUCGCCGUCACCGAUUUGAUGAAGUCCCUUUCGCUUGUGGAGCACAAGCUUGGUAGCGCCGGCCAAUCCGACACGCUGACUGAAGUUGCCCGCCACUUCGAUACAGUCUGGGGAACAGCUGUCGCCAACGUAGGCGACAACACCUACCUCGAGUCCGAUGCCGAGGGCAACCUGGUCGUCUUGGAGCACGAUGUCAAAGGUUUCUCCGCGGACGACCGGCGCAGACUACGUGUCACGAGCGAGAUGCUUCUCGGGGAAAUGGUCAAUCGUAUUYGUCCCAUCACCGUUUCACCAACUCCUGGUGCCGCUGUCAUUCCCAAGGCCUUUCUCGCUACAGUGGAGGGUAGUAUAUAUCUUUUCGGCGUAAUCGCCGCUGGAAAGCAAGAUCUACUCAUGCGGAUGCAGAGUAAAAUGGCCGAGAUGGUGAAGAGUCCAGGAUACGUCCCAUUUGCGAAAUUCCGCGGUGUCAAGACGCAGGUGAGGGAUAUGGGUGAGGAGGGGCCCAGUCGGUUUGUGGAUGGAGAGUUGAUUGAGAGGUUUCUUGACUGCGGUGAGGAGGUGCAGAAGGCGAUCUGUGAGGCAUUGGAGGUGGACGUCGAAGAGGUCAGGGGUAUGGUGGAGGGGUUGAGAAGGAUACAUUGA